ACGAAAUAGUGAAGCUUGACAGGAUAGGGGCCUGUUGUUGCCGUUGUUGUAGGCUAUUAUUAACAGCCUUAAGGAUGCGAAAAAGUUCUCCUGGGCUUCACCACAUAGAAGAAUCGAAUAAGACAGUUUACAGUUGUCACUGAUUUUUUUUUUUUUCUUAAUAAUAAAAAUCUUAUUUUAUCGUUGAGGAUUUCCAAGUGAGUUGUCAAAAGAAACGUAUCCCAUCCCUUAACUGUCUUCCAUUUCAUUCUGUUUGACAAGAAGGCAGAGUUACUUGUUUGAGAAGCAAGAUCUCUCCUAUCAGCACAGCAGAGACAGAAAGAAAUUUAGAAGAACAUAUAUUUUGCCUUCUGAAGGAUUUGGUCGAGGUGUUUCUGUGGUUCUUUGUUGUUUAGGUCGGUUGUUUUUUGUCUCCCUAUUCCACCAGUAUUCCUGUUGGACUGCUUCUCUCUCUCUCUCUCUCUCUCUCUCUCUCUCUCUCUUCUCUAGUCUCUUCCUGGCUGCUUCCCACUGGUAAUAGUCAUCACCAUCCAUCAUUUGGAUUCUAAUAAAAAUGAAGAGAAGGAUGUGCUAUAUUCUAAUGGCCCUUCUAGCUGGUUGGGUUUCUGUAAUAAGCAGGCCUUUUCCAUCAGAUAUCGUUGCUCACCGACAAGACCAAAUUUCUCAUCCUCCACAAGCUGCCUUUGACUCAACACAGGGUCUUGAAAGCAAGGAAAUAGCAUAUGGGAAAGAAGAAGAAUAUAGAAGGCAGAGUAGGCUUGGGUCAAAACCGCCAAAUUGUGAAAACAAAUGCCAAGGCUGCGUCCCUUGUUUUCCUGUUCAGAUACCCACAACCACUGACCAUAUUGGAGUUCAAAAUUCCAAUUAUGAGCCUGAAGGAUGGAAAUGCAAGUGUGGUUCUUCUUUCUUCAACCCAUAAAAUUGUUUUCAGAGCCAAAACUCUUAAGAUGGAUUGGAAAAUUUUCCCUUUCAUUUCCAAUUCUUUGUGAUAUUUUGAAUUUUUUUGUUUCUUUUGUUUUUUUUUUGGCCCAUUAGCUAGAAGAAGCCUAAUUUAAUACAGAUCCUAGCCAACUUGAAAUCGUUACUUAGAAUCGUCGAGGUACUGAGGGACCUUAACUCCAUGGAUGUAUAUAGCUCUUGAAAAACAAAUUUAUUUGAGCCAGAGUUUGGUUAAUAGAGGGAUGGCAAAAAGUUGUGUAUGAACUAGGUAAUUUAUAUUAUAACACAAACUCCCCGUAUUCUGAUAUAUGAAAGAAAUAUCGAAUGGGCAUUUGCUGGACGAACUGCCAAGCAAUGUAAAUAAGCACUAGAUGGGAUUGGACACUUGAAAUCAGCCUAGGAAAGGCAGUGCAACUGAGGAAGAAUAAGAUGCAAUAUGAUGAAUAAUUGGGCUUUUGCAGGUUCUGCAGAAACAUAUCAAACAAUUUCAAGCUACAUUCAAUUAAGGUUAGCUCAAAUUUGUUUUUUCUUGUUUCAUUUAACAUUAUGCUACGGAUUACAAGCAUAUAUAUCAUCAUUGUCUUUGCACUGAAGCUCAAAAUUAGUGACUUAAAAUGUACUUUGGCUUUGGCAAUACUCCAUAGAAAAAAUGGAUAUAACAUGGACCUGCUGAAAAUGUAGAAACAUAUUAUCACCCUUCAAGUUAUAAUUAGAAUGCAUAAAAUGAAUAAACCUAACAGCAAGCAGUUUUUAAAACCAAACUCGUGGAAUUUUAACAAUUUCGAGUGGGAAUUAUAAUGUAGUAAGAGUGUAGUAGUUGGAAGAGUUUUGUGGUAGGUGUAAAACUCAACCUAACAGCUUCAACCAUACCUAAAGAACCAAACCUACCUGCACUAUAAAAUAUGACAAAAUAUAUAUAUAUAUAUAUAUGAAAUGGAGUUGGAUCUAUUUUUUUAAUCUUCUUCUUUUUCCUUGUCUUGCAUUGUAAUAAGAUCGAGAAUAUGAAAAUAAAGGGGGAAAAACUGGUAUAAGGGGUUGAGUUGGACCCUUUGAUUGUCUUAUACUUUUUCUUUGGAAUCUACAUAGUGAAUAAAGAUUACAGUUUAUUCCCAAUUGAGUUAACAAUUUACUUCUCAAAUGUUCAGCAACUUUCACGUUUUAAACCUGUUCAUCUAAAAAAAGAAAGUGAUAAAAUUGAUAUUUAAAAGUUGACACGAUGUGGAAAUUGUUGAAAAGGGAUUUUAUUAAAGAAAACUCCACAACAAGUUUAGAUUUCAAAUCAAUUUAUAUCCAUUUUUAAUCAAAUUUUUUUUUGUUUUUUAAUAUAUGACUAUAAAAAUAAGUUAACUCGUUUCGGUUAUGAAACAUUUUCUUUUUGAUGACACACUGUUGAAAUGUAAUAAAUAAAAUAAUGGCCUCUAUCAUAGAUCACGUGACAAACAAGCAAUAUAGUGUAAUAAUUAUAUUAUUGGUGGAUAAAGGUCACGUGACAGACAACCUCUACCGGCGGGAAGGAAGGACUGAGUAUGUCUCGGUCCCGCCUAAUGCCCUGACAAAUUCCACCACGCGUGGCCAACACGCGUACAGAGACAAGCAUCCCUCUUUCUCCUUUAAAAAGGAAAAGAAACCGAAAUUCAAAAAGAAAAAAUAAAAUAAAAUAAGAAAUCAGUGUUUUAUUUCGAAAAGUAUUUGGUUGGAAUCAAUAAGAUUAUAAAAGAAGGCGAGAUGAUAUAUAUAUGUAGAUAUGUUUAUAUCUAUAGAGAGAGAGAGAGAGAGAGAGAGGGAUGGAAGAGCUCCCACGCUUUACUCUUCGCAUUUUAUGUAAUGUAGCAAAUAACCUGCUGUUCAUUUUCAAAAUUAAAUAAUACAUAUAUAUAUAUAUAUAUGUUUUUUUUUUUUU